AUGGCUAUCUUCUUCGAUUCAUGGGUGACUGAAAUGUUGGCUGUACUGUCAACAGUUUUCGCAGUACUGUACGUUACCUUCAAAAUCAAUUACACCUACUGGAAGAAGAAGGGUCUGCCAUACUUGGAGCCUUCUUUUCCACUAGGAAAUGGCUGGAACACGACACUAAUGAGGAAAUGUCCGGGUGAAGAUAUGAAAGACGUUUAUUCUGAAACAGAAGGCAAGGACGUCGUGGGUAUUUACUCAUUAAACAAUCCUCUUCUUGUUGUGAGGGAUCCAGAGCUGAUCAAAACGAUCAUAGUGAAGGAUUUCAACUACUUUCCCGACCGGGGCAUCUACGUAGACGAGGAGACAGAUCACCUGACGGCGCACCUCUUCUUCCUCGGAGGAACCAAGUGGAAGGGUCUGCGACAGAAACUGACGCCCACGUUCACGUCGGGAAAAAUGCGCGCCAUGUUCGGCAUAGUGCUCGAUUGCGCGCGGGUUCUGGCUGACGUCACACCUGCGGGCAGUGUUGUGGAAGUCCGCGAGCUGAUUGCCCGCUACUCCACCGACGUCAUUGCUUCCUGCGCCUUCGGCAUCGACGUUGACAGCCAGCACAACCCCGAGGCGGAGUUCCGUCAGUGGGGACGGCGCUUCUUCAAGCCAUCUAUCCGUUCUUACCUGACUCAGGCUCUGGGAUUCUCUAAUCCCAAACUGCGCAACCUGCUGCCAAUAGCCUUCACACCAAAGGACAUCACAGAGUACUUUACACGCGUCGUUGAUGACACAGUCAAACACCGAGAGAAGACAGGCGUCAUUAGGAAGGACUUCAUGCAGUUGAUGAUUCAGUUGAAGAACAUUGGAUAUGUUGAUGACAGCUUCUCAAUAACUGGGCAGAAAAGUGCUGAACAGAAAAGUAAGACGCUGACGACCAAGGAGGUGGCAGCACAGGCGUGGGUGUUCUUCCUCGCUGGGUUCGAAACAUCCUCCACUACCGUAAGCUUCUGCCUGUAUGAGCUCGCUAGACAUCGGGAUAUCCAGAAGAAGGUGCAAGAAGAAAUUGACGACGUACUGAAGAAGAACAACGGUGAUGUGACGUAUGACAUUAUAAUGACCCAGAUGCCGUAUUUGGAAAAGGUGGUGAACGAAACCCUUCGUAUGUAUCCGCCCGUUCCAGUUUUGAAUCGCGAGGCGGUGCAGGAUUACAAGCUACCAGGAUACGACUGUGUCUUGGAGAAAGGAACCAAGGUGCUCAUUCCAGUCAUGGGACUCCAUUAUGACAGGAAAUUCUUCCGAAACCCCGAGAAAUUCGACCCGGAGCACUUCUCUGAGGAGCAGAAGGCAUCGAGGCACCCCUAUUGCUAUCUACCCUUUGGCGAAGGGCCACGCAUCUGCAUUGGGAUGCGUUUUGGGCUGAUGCAGGUGAAGGUGGCGCUGGUACAUCUGCUGUCGAAAUUUGACUUUCUGCCCGUUGGAGGCAAGCAGUCGAAGCUACGCAUGGCUCCAAACAACAUCUUGUUGACACCAAUUGGCGGAAUCGACCUGAGGGUGGAGCGCCGACGAAUGGCUGCGUGCUGAAGAUGGGGCUUAAACUGAAGCUGAAGCUACGUUGGACAGCUCAGCAAGAGUGUCUGCACACCCUCUACUCGCAUCCCUUGAGUACCGGAUCCCACAAAUAACCCUGUGUCGUGACGGAAAAUUAAUGUCAUUUUAUUGAUUACAAUGAAAUGUUACAAGCUGCCAAUUGAUACUAUUUCUUGUGUCAUGUAGUGUCCAUUAAGACUGAUAUCACUGUUAAAGCUGAACAGUUUUUUUUUUUUACCAAACCAUAAAGAUGUAUGCAUUGUAAUGUCUCCUGCUCACUUGCUUUGUGUUGUCUUUGUAUGCCCUUUAGAGGUGUCGAAUACCUAUCCUCACUUUUAACUUAGCGUACUUACUUACUUGUCGUCUCUACCUACUACUGUCUGAAACAAAACCACGUACGGUACGCUUGUUGCUAGAGUACCAUUGCGAACAUUUGUUGGAUGUAAGGACCACAGCUUUUGCGCUUCAUACAAGUAAGCAGGGGCUGACGUUAGUCAGAGACGUAAUUUACAAGAAUGUUUGGAAAAGUCAGAAGCAAGGGCCUGUACACUAUUUUCCUUUCUUUUAAUGAGAUGAUAUGUAGAAUCGCUUAAUUAAUUCCAUACUAUAAGUUCCUAUCUCUGUCAACCUACAGAUAGAGUAUUUCUUUGAUUUAGAUAUGUGCCUAUAAAAUCAGAACAUCAACGAGUUUCUCUUGAAAGGAGAAGGCGAAAAGAAUAUUUUUUAUGAAUUAAUAGAAACAGUAAAAUAAACUGCUAUUAUCU